AUGUUCGCCAGCUACUUUGUUACUCUCCUGGCCGUCACCUCGACGGUCGCCAAUGCCGCGGCUGUCUCGCCAGUCUUCACUGGCUUGGGAACUCGUUACGGCGACGCCGAUGGCUGUACUGAGGAAGAUUGCUGGCAGAAGGGUGCUUGUAGCUUCGUUGGAUACGACCUACCUGCAGGCAUCGAUGGAACUACUUGUGUCUCUGACGAGAUCUGGAAUAAGGGUGCCAACUGUGGUGGCUGCAUCCAGGUUACUUACAAGAGCAAGACUCUCAAGGUCAUGGUCACCAACAGGACUGGAGGCGACAAGAACCAUCUUGACAUGACCCCCGCGACAUGGAACAAGCUUACCAACAACAUGAAGGGAGGCGGUGUUGACGGCAUCAAGUGGAAGUGGAUCGAGUGCCCUCUCCGCUCUGCUCCUCUUCAAGUCCACAUGCACGGUGGCGCCUCCAAGUACUGGUUCGCCGCUACAAUCGAGAACGUGACUCACCGUGUCAAGGCUGUCCAUGUCAGUAGCGACAGUGGAAAGACCUGGAAGGCUUGCUAUCUCAAGGACCCUAACAUGUGGAUGCUUGACGGUACUCUGCCCAGUGACUCUGCUUGGGUUCGCGUUACCAGCGUGAACAACAAGCAGGUCGUUGUCAAGAACGUCGCCCUCAAGAGUGGUCAAGUCACCAAGGGUACUGCUAACUUCUAA